GGUAGGUUCGGGAGAAGACGCGUUUACGUCGUGCGUCAAAAAACUUGUGUGGAUACUUGGAUUUGUAGCAUUUCUGUUGUUGGUGUAGGCCGAGCCAUGAUUCCAUUUCUAACAUUUCUUGCCAGUGUUACCUACAUAGCGGCCCAACAGGGGAACCCGGGAUGCCUGCUUCGAGCUGUUGCGGGGAAUCCCCGGAUGUUUCAAGUGAACACUCCGUACCAGGCGAACCGGAUGUUUCCCUGUCCGGAAAACACGCUGUUCGACGCAAAUCAAUGUGGAUGCGGCUGGGUAGAGAACCCCAUAAAUAAAUCACCGGACGAGAUCUCUCGGCAGACGGGUGGAAUGGGCGGCGUAGGGGGCACAAUGACGCCGGGGAUGGUGAACCCGGGGGCCGGGAUAGGCGGUCAGAUUGACCAAAUCAACCAGCAGGUGUCAACCACGAGACCACCAUGCACAUUGCGCGCGCAUGCCGACCGACACAAAUACGAGGAGUUUAUCUUGGGAUUUGAUUGGAUGCUAAGAAGCUGCCCUAUGGGAACGCUCUUCAACCUGGAGCAGUGCGCAUGUCACGACAUCGACCCCAACCAGAAAUACACUUGCCAGCCAGAACUAUGGAUCAACUUCAACGGCAAGGAAAUCGAGGACUCUGCGGGCUACCAGAUCUCUAUUGGCAACAACGGCAACGUGGUAAAUGUGAGUAACGCGGGUCGCUUUGACGGCACAGGCACGCUGACGGUGUGGCAGUACGCCAAUCAGGACCUGGGCACACAGCUCACAGUCAACCUCAGGUUCUAUGAAUUUCCCGGAGGUGUCUCCGAUGAACAGGUGCUCGUGUCCAACUGCUACGGCCGGCAGCUGGGCUCCGUCGAGGUGGCGCUCAACCAGCAGACCAAGGUCGUUAUCUUCCGGUUGGAGGCGCGCAUCGGCAGGUACCCGGAAGGUGUGGAGAUCUCCAUACCAUACAGGGAAAAGGCUUGGAAGAACGUCACCCUGGCGUACGAUGGCAACAUGGUGACGGCGCAGGUAGACGAGGAGAUCAAGUCACAGCCAUUGAAAGGUCGCAUUACGUCACGCUUCAACGGUCUUCUCAUCGGAAGCUGCAACGGCAGAGGAUUCGUCGGCUACCUUGAUGACUUACGCGUGUACCGCUGUUUGCUUGGGAACGAUAUGGCGCCGAUGGCGGGACCGGGAGGCGAAAUGGGUAUGGGUGGCGGAUUCUAGACGCGGAGACUCUGUCAUAGUCAUGGCAACAGCAAUGACAGCAAGCAUUGCUCGUGUUCACUAUCGAAACUUUUCACAUAUUAUUACAGGAUGUGAUGAACCAUACAUAUUGUCAAGGAAAUUACAGACGCACUGCAAAGGACGGAAUAAUUUUCAGCUAUGAAUUGCAUAAAAUGUAGAGUAACUUUAUGCUCUUAGACUCAUUAACCGAAAAAAAACUUAUGUGCAAAUCCUGCUAUUCAUAUACAAACACCAAAUUUAUCAAAUCAUUGUACUCAUACGUAUGCUACAGAAAAACAUACAUGACCAUCGCAAAAAAUGAGUAACAUCUACAAGCCACAUACGGUUAUGGAAUUCUGUCAAUGGGCUCACGUAUGUUACCACAGCAUUAUUCGUAACUCAUAUUUAUUAUCAUUGUAAAUAUUUCUAAUAAACAAUUACUAAAAGGA